AAACCCUUUUAAAAUGGUUAGGGUCAAUAAGCUUUUAUUUGGUAGUCAAGGGUCAUUAAGCUGUUUUUUUAGUGUAGUAUACAGGCACAUAUAAAGAUUGAAAACCCAGUUACAAAUAACAAACAAAUACUGCUGCAGUCUGAAAAGCCGCAAAAUCAACACGCCUCUCUCCUCCAUUUCCGUGCCUUGGUGCUUAGUUACGGAGAGAGAUGAGGUGACCUACUCUCCGAACGGCGUAACGGACAUCCGAAAAGGAGUCACGUGCCGAAGAAAAAGAAAAAGAAAAAAAGGGUCGGGCCAGUUGAUGGCUUUAGAGCAGGAAUUGUCGCUGGGUCAGAAUACGAAUACGAAUUCGAAUAGGAAUCCGAACCCAGUUGAUUGCGUGGAUGUUCGGGGUGAGGGUGGAGACGAGGGAGGGAAAGCGCCGAGACUGCCUCGGUGGACGAGGCAAGAAAUUCUGGUUCUGAUACAGGGAAAGAGAGACGCCGAGAACAAGUUCAGGAGGGGCCGAACGGCCGGAUUGCCAUUAGGGUCGGGUCAGGUGGAGCCCAAAUGGGCAUCGGUCUCUUCCUACUGCAGAAAGCAUGGAGUCAACAGAGGUCCGGUUCAGUGCCGGAAAAGGUGGAGCAAUUUGGCCGGAGACUACAAGAAGAUCAAAGAAUGGGAAUCUCAGAUAAGAGAGGAGUCGGAUUCCUUUUGGGUCAUGAGAAACGAUUUAAGGAGAGACCGGAAAUUGCCCGGAUUUUUUGACAAGGAAGUUUAUGAUAUUCUCGAUUCAGGCUCCCAAGGUCCGGCGUUGGCUCUCGCUCUUUCAUCGCCUCCUUCAGUGACAGUAACGGUGUGCAAGGACAUGCGCAUGGACAUGGACACCAAAAGAGGGUAUGCACCUGCCCCUUCCUCAGCCUCAGACGCUGCCCCUGCCCCUGCCCCUGCCCCUGCUGAGCCUGAGGAGCCUCACCUCUACGAUAGUAAUCGGAGCGUGCCUGUUGAGGAUGGUUUGUUUUCAGAUUUCGAACAAGAUGAAGUCUCUGCCAGUCCCGAGAAGAAGGACAUUUUUCCGCCCUCCAACAGGGACUUCCCUGCUCCCAUUCCUAUAUCAGCAUAUUUUCUUAUCCUUUACGUAAAAGCAAUAUCAACCACUCCUCCGUGGAUGCCAAGGGGAAGUUUUCUCCAUCAAAAAUUAUUUGUAGCAAUAUAAAUAAUUGUAUGGUCCAAGACUCCACCUACAAACCGCUCCUUAAUGUCAAAGCACCAGCUUGGUGGUUGGCCGAUUAGCAUUGUGAGCAUUGCUACAGACAAGAUCUCCGACAUGCUAAAAAGUGCAACAAGAACUUUGACAAGGAAAAGGACAUUGAGAUGCUUUUGAACCCAUCCAUGACUAUGUUUUUGACCAACUUGCAUCCAUUGAGAAGUUAACUACCAAUGUGUUUUAGACCAACUUGUAUCAAUUGGGAAGUUAAUUGACAAUUUUCAGGAGGCUGCACAUGUUCUAAAGUGGUGGAAUUUGACGCUUGAUGGUGAAGAUGGAAUCGAUGUUGUUGUUCUUUUUAGAUCGGCAAUAUUAGUUAGUAGUGUUUUGUUAGUAAGGAGAGUUGAACGCACAACAUUUCCCACCUUCUCUUCCAACUUUACCUUUAAGCCAACCUUAUGAGUCCCAAGAUGUUGUUGGUGUUUCUAAGGGAAGUGAUUUGGAUAUAUGAAAUAUGUAGGAAAGGAGAUGAAAACAGGGGAAUCAAAACAUUGCCACUGGAAAUUAAUGCCAUGUUAUGCCUCUAUUACAUUUCGGUUAAUUAUUGAAUAGAAAUUUUGAAGUGAGAGACUUAGCCUAAAAACAAUGAUGACUAAAUGUGAGCAAUUAAAAUAAAUAGAGGACC